ACUUCACCGUGUCCACCACUACUAGUGCAUGUUAGCUGUUAAGAAAGCAUCAAAGCUUGUUCCUCAAGAAUACCCAGAAAGAAUCGCUGACAGUAAAAAGAGGAGCUUUCUGCGAAGGCGUUCCAAGCAAAAGAAAAAAAGAACCAGGAAAGGAUUGUUUAGAAGGUUUUCGACGGUGGAAGAAGCACCAACAGUUUCAGGAGAAAGAUCGAGAAUGCAGACAGCACAUAUGCCGCCCACGAUGCCGGCCCCUAAAGACGAAGUAACUUUGAAUAAAACAGUACAGUCAGCUGAGCUGCCGGUAGAAACUCAAGUGCAACAAGUGCGGAUAACAAAAGCUCAGAAGCGGGAAAUGAUAGCCGUGUUUGUGCAAACCACGCUGAAGAAAGGAGUUCGUGGCUUGAUUGAAGAAUUUCGUGCUUUGAAAAGAACCAACGACCCAUCAAAAAUGACAGCAUUCGUAGCGCAAAAUGCUUGUGGAAGGAAUAGAUACAAGGAUGUUGGUUGCUUAGACAAUCGUCGCGUUAUACUUAAUAUUGGCAAAGUUUCCUACAUUCAUGCUAAUUACGUUUCGACGCCAAACCAUCCAAAGCGGUUCAUAUGCACGCAGGCACCUCUUGUCAAUACCUGCCCUGAGUUCUGGUACAUGGUUGUACAAGAGAAAAGUGAAGCUAUUCUUAUGCUUUGCAAUUUCGUUGAACAGAAUGUGAAUAAAUGUGCAGACUACUUCCCGAAGGAAAUCAAUGCAUCACUGGAGUUCGAUGAUGUUAUGGUAACAUGCAAGAGGAUAUACUUUUUUCCGUUUCCUAUUGCUACAAAGGUUCGGAUAAGAAUGAUAGACCUAAACGUGCAAAUUCCUGGUCAGUCAUUGCACACGUGCACUCAUUAUCAUUGGUUGGAUUGGCCAGAUCGCGGAGUUCCAGAAGCCGACCUUGCUCCAGUAGCAUUAUUGUCAAAACUAAAAAAUUGCAGUGGGCCAAUUAUUGUGCACUGUUCAGCUGGAAUUGGGCGGACGGGGUCUAUAGUGUUAAUACAGCAUGCUCUGGAGCUGCUCCAUAGACCUGCACCCCUACUUGAAAUGCGCGGAUAUUUGAUAGAUUUACGUAAGGAGCGAAAUAAUAGUGUUCAGACUGAACAGCAGUAUCUCUAUGUACAUCAAGUAUUACUGAUAUAUUUGAAACAAACAGGAUACUUGGAUGAAAGCACUUAUCCUUAUCUAGAACAGUUUACUAAGGACUAUGAAUACGUCACGAAAGGAUUUUAAUUAUCUGCGCCCGCUUUAUCGUAUUUGUACAAACCGAUGUGUCUUCUUUAUGAUUACUGAC